UGCUAGUGAGGUACGGAGUAUCCAUAUAGGUACCGGUACUCGCGUCCUCCUGACUUUUAGUUUGGGCAGCGCACCAGCAGCCACCAGAGUUCGAGUUCACCUGCGCGUCGGUCACUUCGACGACAGCGUCAGUGCCAGCCAGUCGAGCCAGCGUCAGCGCCAGCGCCAGUGCCCCUUCUGCCCCUUCUGCCCCUUCUGCACCCCUUGCACUAAGGUGGCCGUGGUCUCUGCGGAGCCAAAGAAGCCAAACUCUACCCGCCCCUCCCUACUCGAGUCCUUCAAGUACCACCAGAAUAUUUCUGUCAAUCCCGUCCAAAAUCACUAUCAUUUCUUGACAUUGCCUGCCCGCCUCAAACCAGCUGCACUGGAUGAUCGUGAAUGAUCGCUCGCCGCUCCAACGUCCCAGUCCAGUCUUCAACGUGCGCUGUCCCUGAGACCUUCAUCCUCACCUGCUCGCCGCACCCUCCACUUCCACCACCACCCCCCGUCGCUCCCUGGCCUGCCCCGUGCGGCUUCCCGAUUCGCUUCAGUGAGCUCCGCCCAAUUUCAGGUUCAACCUCAUAUCCGACUGGGAACGAUCUUGCAAAUCAGAGCAACACCUUUCUCUUGUUCAACGCCAUCCCGUCAACAGCGACCGCCAGGCUUAUCGUCCCCCCGAGAUAUUUACUGGCAACGGGCCCACGACGCACGAGGUGACAGUCAAUGCUAACAUCUCGAAGAGCCGCCCUCGCGUCUUCACCCUUCUCUCGCCCCUAAAGCCUCACCUGAGGCUCACGCUUCGCUUUCUGCUUCUCGACUCGGCCACGCCACCAUCAAUCCUCGACGGCCGCCGAUCGACUCUCACGCUCAUUUCGCCGUAGAGUUCGACGACGAACUCGAUUUUAGCAUCGUAUCAUGGCUUCAUCAUCGUCAAAUGUCGUGGGUGUGCAUUAUCGGGUGGGGAAGAAGAUAGGAGAGGGUUCGUUCGGUGUGAUUUUCGAGGGAACCAACCUUCUGAACAACCAGCAGGUUGCCAUUAAAUUCGUACGUACCCCUCGCGGCCAUGGAGACGCCAUUGUCGGCAGCAAACACAUGGCCAUCGAUCAAUUGACGUCGACUGACCCUCUUCCAGGAACCUCGCAAGAGUGAUGCACCCCAGUUACGAGACGAGUAUCGAACAUAUAAAAUCCUUGUUGGUUGCCGUUAGUACACCAACACUCAUAUGCAGGGUCCUGGAACUAACAUUGAGCAGCCGGUAUUCCUAAUGUUUACUAUUUCGGUCAAGAAGGUCUUCACAACAUCUUAGUGAUUGACCUGCUCGGCCCAUCUCUCGAGGAUCUCUUCGAUCACUGCAACCGCAGAUUCUCGGUCAAGACCGUGGUCAUGGUAGCGAAGCAAAUGGUAUGCAAUCACAUUGUGCUAAUGGAUGAUAUAUACUAAUCAUCGCAGCUGUCGAGGGUUCAAACCAUCCACGAAAAGAAUUUGAUCUACCGUGAUAUCAAGCCCGACAACUUCCUCAUCGGCCGACCAGGAACCAAGUCUGCAAAUGUGAUUCAUGUGGUCGAUUUCGGUAUGGCCAAACAAUAUCGAGACCCAAAAACAAAGCAACACAUUCCUUAUCGCGAGCGAAAAUCUCUUUCUGGUACCGCCAGAUAUAUGAGUAUCAACACACAUUUGGGUCGUGAACAAUCUCGGCGAGACGAUUUGGAGGCAUUGGGACACGUCUUUAUGUAUUUCUUACGCGGUGGUUUGCCAUGGCAAGGACUGAAGGCUGCCACCAACAAGCAAAAGUACGAGAAGAUUGGAGAGAAGAAGCAAACCACUGCCAUCAAGGACUUGUGUGAUGGGUUCCAGGAAGAAUUCAACAAAUACUUGAGUUACGUCCGCAAUCUUGGAUUUGAGGAUACCCCCGACUACGACUACCUCCGAGAUCUCUUCACUCAAGCAUUGAAAAAUACUGGUGAAGUGGAAGAUGGCGAGUACGAUUGGAUGAAGCUCAACAAUGGAAAGGGAUGGGAGGCAAUGAAGCAACAUCCUUCUCAACAUGUGCUACACAACCAGAAUGCGGUCCCAGGAGCAUCUGCUCGAGAGCUUCAUGGUACUACAAGAGGGGGAAACACCACGCCAGGUCACCUCACUGCCGCCCGUUUAAACGCCGCGCAGCCCCCGCCCCCAUCCCCAAUCAAACCGGGGAUGGGAAAAUCGCGCGAUCGACCAAACGCCCAAGGCGGGUUGGUCCCCAAACGUACGAGCGGAGCGGCGGGGGGACUCCACGACGUCGCUACUCCCACAGGCUCAACCCAGGCGCAGUUCCAGAACAGUUCCAACAACUUACCACAAAGAAUGACGCCCCAGCCACAUAUGAACGCCCAGGCUCAAAAUAGGCCAAGUCAGGAACCAGCUCCAACUGGAUUCCAGAAGCUCCUGAAGACGUUGUGCUGCGGUUAG